AUGCACACUCAUACCAUUGCGCUCUCAUCCAAUCAGAUCAAGCACAAGCAUAACCCAACGCUGUCGGUGCGGCUACUGGAAAUCGCCCGCGCACGCUCAGCAUUAGAGAUUGAGAUUGCAGAAGUGUUUGAGGCUAUCAAGGACUACAACAGCCAGCGGCUGGCGCUGGAGAUGUGCUGUGACACGCUGCUGAUGACGGCUAAGGUCCACGCACAACAGCUCAAGAACACCACGUACGUGAGCGAAAGCGAGGACGACGCCGAUAUAGAGGGUCUGCUACCUGUGCACACGCAGCGGCUGCCUCAGGCACACGCACGCACGCAUGCACACACCCACCGCGCGAAGAAGAACACGCACAAGACGGUUAUUCCGGCACGUGCGAGUGUACGACCCGAUGCGAAGAGAAGUUCGGUACUUGCGGAGGCACGCGAUAAAGGCGCGGAUGCUAAGCAUGGGACGGAUGGGGCUGGAGAUAGCGAGAAUGCGCGAGAGGAAGUGAUACUAUCACCCAAUCAGAAGCAAGAUAAGGGUACAGCAAACGCCAAUAGGAAGCAAGAUAAGGCGGCCGCUCCGAAUAAGAAUACAAGAAAGGCCAAGAGGAAGAACGAAGCUGCCACGGCAAGUGCUGUAACUACAACUAGCCAGGCGGUAGCCGACAAAGCAACCAACGAUACAUCGACGGGCGAGUGCGGCGCAGAGUUAGAAAGUCCGACGAGUGACCGAGACCCCACCGACCAUGACACACAGCCUGCAAAGGCCCUGGGGAAGACAAGGGCAGGUGCAAGCAGCGCACAGGACACCACAGAGCAUACGGACAGCACCAGCACAGCUGCCCAGGAGGCCCCGGGUGUGGGUGUGGGUGCAGGAGGGGUUGGGCAUGCAGACGCUCCUGUGGAGAACUCAGCAGCACCCGUUACCUACAGAGACAAUGCGGAGACGAUACUAGUGGACACGAGCAACCGACACAACCCCAAUCACACAGACAACAACACGCAGAAGGGCAGUCAACACACAACGCAGAACAUGCAGAAACAAAGCCAACGCCCCACCAAGGCGUCAGGCGAUGGUAUGCGUAUGGGUGGCGGUGGUAGUAGCAUAGCCAGUGCAGGCGCUGACGUCGAUGUGAGUGGCGACAACUGGAUCACACACCGCGCACGCAGCAAGGACAAGCGGAAUGGGGUCAAGAAAAGACCCAAAGGCACAGACAAAGGCACAGCACCAUCAGGCACGGCUGCUACGACCAUCUCUGCGUGCAGACAAGCGCGUGGGGUGAGUGUGGGUGUGGAUGGGCCUGAGCGUGUGGCGAGUGAGACGUCGCAGACGGAGGAGGCGCCCACUGUGAGUGGCCCGACGGCGUACAGAAACUUUGUGAACAUGGAGAAGCAUUUGAGGGAUAAUAUUGCCAGGACAGCCAACACAGCCGGGCAGCGGAAGAUGAGGUGCCACAAGAAAGGUGGUAGUCGCGCACACAGUCGCAACGGCAGCUGGAUAGCCGGCGCAGACGCGUCGUUCGAUGGAGUGCUUGCACAUGAGAGCGUGAGUGUGGGCAUGAGUCUGAGCAGGCACAGGCAGGCACAGGCCGCCCCAGUCAAGGUGUUCAACCCGGCCAUGUACAGUAUACCCCGCAGGAAGGACUCGGCGAGUGACCUAGAUGUCAGCCGGAAUAACCGAUCCGCCCUCCCGUUCUUUGCCAGCAGUGCAGAGACCAGCCUGAACAUGUCGCAACCGUUACAAGAAUUAGGACAGGACAAUGGAUCGUUUCUGAAUGGAAUUGCGCGGCCGAAAAAGAAGCGGAAGCUGGGUGGCGGCGGUGGUUCAUUCCUUCUAUAGGGCUUGUAAACCUCGGUGCAGUAGUACUUUAUAAUGAAGGGAGGCUUAUUCAUAUCGUAUGUGAUUAGAGUCUUAUUUCAUAUCUGAUGCUAGGAUAAAUCGCCUGCCAAAAUCCAGAUGUAGCUACUCUAUCGUAGAUCAACGUAUGUGCUUGGACUCAACAGCCACGCGAAUAUGGGAAUGACAAUACGUGCGCUCUAUGCAGUUGCAAGCGAUCGCGUUUAGGCUUGCAGCAGCGUGAAGCCGUGGAGGAAAAUUCGCAACUUUCGACUAUCGCUUUAGUAUACUCAUGGGGUGGAAUGGGUUGUGCCCAAUGAGUAUAGUGGUAGCGUGAGGAAAAUAAUAUUUGCAGUUAGUUUUGGAACUAUUUUUAUCCAUCUCUAGUGUUGGAAUUUGUCGCCACUGUAUCAACAUUCCUCAGUUUUUUUUUACCCAAACUUAACCACCACAGUGCGCUACAGUAAUAUUUAAAAUUUCACAAAUCUUGGG